CCUGGCGCAAAGAAAAAUGCCUAUAAAAGCCACUUCAACAACGCAGCACCAACAGUAAGUGCACUCGUGUGCCACCUGCAGUUAAGUAAGUUUGUGUUUGGAAAAAUAUCGAAAUAAAUAAGAAUUAAAUCAAAUAUGUCAACGCUGUCACCCGCAGUCAACCACUGGACUACGCUACUCAAUUUCAUAAUACAAACAUAUUUUAUUGACUCUCAUGCUACGUGUAUCCUGUGGCAUCGCGAUUUCCCAUUUGAAUUGCAAACACCAGCCAAUAGCGAAUUCAUAUCGUACAUAAAUAUUUGGCCUGACAAUUUGUCGCAGCAAUCCUUGCAGCAGGACAUUUUCAAUUUUACAGCAUUUGCCGAAACGCAACUGGCCUAUGGCAUGCAACCCGAUGCGCUGGUGCAGAAAUUGACUAUCGCCAUUCGAGAAACGCAUUGUGAGACUUUUGUAGCCUUCCAGGAGGACAUACCGAGCUUUGCGCGUAGCUUUUACAAUGCCAGCAGAAUAUCAGUGUGGCGUUCGUUGCGUAAUAAAUUUCUAUUUGUCUACCGUAAGGACUUGCAACCGGAUACCGCCGCAUACUUCGAUGAUUCUCUUUUCAAAGAUCAACCAAAUGUUUUAAUAGUCGAAGCCGAGUGCGGCAAUUGCUCGACGUUUGCAUUGAAAACUAAUAAAUUCAUUGGACCGCUAGCUGAGCAUCCGGAGCAGUUGUAUGUGUUGGACCGUUAUAAUGCUGUUGAUGGUAAAUUUGAGUAUGGCGUUAAUUUGUAUAUGGACAAGGUGAAGAACUUGCAGGGACGUGAAGUGACGGUUGGAAUUUUCGAUUAUCGUCCAUUUACGGCGGUAGACUAUGAUCGUCAGCCUCAAGUAAAGGAUCACUCUCCAGAAAAUAUUCGUGGCACUGUACAUAUUGACGGUACUGAAGUUCGUAUGUUGUUUGCGCUCUGUGAAGUUAUUAAUUGUACAGUAGAUGCCGAUACGUCUGAAGAUGACUGGGGCACAUCUUAUGCAAAUCUAACAGCUGAUGGCAUUUUCGGUUUGAUAACGUCCAGAAAGUCGCAAUACAUCGUUGGCGCUUUAUACUUCUGGCCCGAUGACUAUCGCUAUUUGGACAUGUCCUUGUUUAUUGGCCGUUCUGGCGUCACCUGCCUUGUACCAUCGCCUCACCGUCUCACCAGUUGGUUACUACCACUUCGUCCCUUUCAACUAACGCUCUGGCUGGGCGUAUUUGCUUCCUUGGGCCUUGAGGCGAUCGCACUCUUUUUCACACGUCAUCUAGCGCCAUCUCCGACUGAACCGCAAUAUGGUUUAAUGGAGAGUUUUCAAUUUGGCUACAUUACCACACUGAAACUAUUUGUAUCGCAAGGCUCGGAUUAUGUAGUGAAUUCAAACACGGUGCGUAUGGUGCUCUUCGCUUGCUACAUGAUGGAUACGAUUGUGACCAGUGUCUACGGUGGUGGUCUAUCGGCGAUAUUAACACUACCGACCAUGGAGGAAGCUUCGGACUCUGUAGAGCGUCUAUACAGACAUGGUAUACCUUGGACAGCGACCUCGCCUGAUUGGGUAAUUUCACUGAGAGGAUCUGGUGCUGACCGUGAUGUGGUGGUGGAAUCGCUUUUGGAAAAUUAUCACGUUUACACAUACGAACAACUAACACAAUUUGCGAAGACAGAGAAUAUGGGCUUCAUCUUGGAGAGAUUGGCAUUCGGUCAUUUUGGCAACGUUGACUUCCUCACGGAUGAAUCCUUUAAACGCCUCAAGCUCAUGAUUGACGAUAUUUAUUUUCAAUAUUGUUUCGCCUUCGUGCCACGCCUAUGGGCCAUGCUGCCCAAAUUGAAUGAAGUGAUUAUGUCAGUGCACUCAACUGGUUUGGAUAUUUUCUGGGAAUGGGAAGUGGCUGCCACCUACAUGGAUGGCCAGCAGCAGGAAGAGAUACAAGCAUCAAUGUAUAUGGAUUUCGAUGUGGGUCCUGUUAAAUUGGAUAUGGGCAAUUUCAUUGGUUUGGUGUUGCCUCUGAUAAUUGGCAUAGUAUUCAGUGUCUUCGCUUUCAUCGGCGAGUUGAUCUACUACAGGUACAGUCAGAAGAAAGCUCAAACGGUGGUCAAUGUCAACUAAGUGAAUAUACAUAUGUAUAAUUACUAUAAAACAACUUCAGUUACUCUAAGUUGUUUCAUAGACUAAUUGUAGGAUUUGAAGUACGUUUUUUUAUUCUUAGUCCGUCGCUUAAAACAGCUUCAAAUUCACAAUACGCAGCAUAAUAAAAUUAUAAAUUCAUUCAUCCACUUGCCGAGUAGUAGUACAUAUGUAUGGGAACGUGAUUUUU